GGCGGCGGCGGGCGGGCGGAUCGGUGUCUCCUUCACUUCGCCCUCCAGUGCCAGCGGCCGCAGCAGCGCGGCCUCCUCACGGCGAGACCCGCCCGCGCCCCCGGCCCCGCUCCGCCCGGCCCCGCCGCCCUCCCGCGCUAGCCAGGUGCCGGCCCGGGCUUCGGCUAGUCCCGCGGGGGCGGCUCCAAUGGCGAUUCCUCCAUCAUAUGCAGACCUCGGCAAAUCUGCCAGAGAUAUCUUCAACAAAGGAUAUGGGUUUGGGCUGGUGAAACUGGAUGUGAAGACAAAAUCUGCAAGUGGAGUGGAAUUCACAACAUCUGGUUCAUCAAACACAGACACUGGAAAAGUGAAUGGAAGCUUGGAGACCAAGUACAAGUGGGCUGAGUAUGGGCUGACUUUCACAGAAAAAUGGAACACAGAUAACACUCUGGGAACAGAAAUUGCAAUUGAAGAUCAGAUUGCCAAAGGCUUGAAGUUGACAUUUGAUACAACUUUCUCACCAAAUACAGGAAAGAAAAGUGGUAAAAUUAAGUCAGCAUAUAAACGUGAAUGCCUAAACCUAGGUUGUGAUGUUGACUUCGAUUUUGCUGGGCCUGCAAUCCAUGGUUCAGCUGUCUUUGGUUAUGAAGGAUGGCUAGCGGGCUAUCAAAUGACUUUUGAUAGUGCCAAAUCAAAAUUGACAAGGAAUAACUUCUCUGUGGGUUACAAGACUGGAGACUUCCAGCUUCACACCAACGUCAAUGAUGGUUCGGAAUUUGGCGGUUCAAUUUACCAGAAAGUGAGUGACAAUCUUGAAACUGCCGUAAACCUGGCAUGGACAGCUGGUAGCAACAGCACUCGCUUUGGAAUUGCAGCUAAAUACAAGUUGGAUUCCACUGCUUCCAUCUCUGCGAAAGUGAACAACUCUAGUCUAGUUGGAGUGGGUUACACCCAGACCCUGAGGCCAGGUGUGAAGCUUACUUUAUCUGCCCUGAUAGAUGGAAAGAGCAUCAAUGCUGGUGGCCAUAAACUUGGUCUUGGCCUGGAAUUGGAGGCUUAAAAAGGUGAAGAAACUGCUGCAGAGAAGGGAUAUCGGAAGAAUUUGGCCUUAAAACGUAUUUCCAAUGUGACCAGCAGGCUUUUUCCCAAAACGAAUACAAGAGCUGUAUUUGUAUUUAGGCAGUUACUUGUUAGCUGGUUUCUAGUUAAAUUGGUUACCCGUCUAGUUACAAGUCUGCACUAGCGCAGUCACUUAAACAUUAUUUAAAUGUAUUUAACUGUUCAAUGCGCUACCCACAAAUAAUGAAAUAGACAUCUGAGAAGACUGUACAAUUGUGUGCAUGUUUGUUUUAUGUUCCUUUUAACAUUCAAUAUUGCUGUUGAAUGGAAAAUCAAUCAGUGGAUAUCUUGAAAUGAGGUCAACGGUUCUGUCAAAUCACCUUAUGUAGAAAUACAUUUGGUAUCCCAAGAUGACUCAAAUUAUGAAUAAAACAAGUACACACAUAA